CUGUCAACGCAAAUAAGUUCAUUGGUACCGGGAUACAAUGCAGUUGGAUACAACAGAACGUCGUAGUAUGGAAUCCCAUGGGUCGAGGCACAUACUGGUAAUACGUAAAGUGCACAAAUCAGAUUUCGGCAAUUAUACUUGCGUAGCCGACAACCAAUUGGGGAAAACGAGAAAAAGUGUGGAACUAACAGGAAAUCCGAAUCCCGCACAGUUUGUCAGUUCGCCGACCGGUCAGUGGAGGGACAGUUACAAUAUCAGUUGGACAGUGGACUCUUUAUCGCCGAUCGAAGAAUUUAAAUUGUUGUUUAGGCGAUUACCAGAAGGCGCAAACGGUCAGGACAAUCAUGCAAGACCUCUUCAGCACCUCGCCACAAGAAAGGAAAACCGGACGUCAGUAUUGUCUUCUCCGUCAUCCACGUAUUACAACCCGGGAAACAUUUACGGUACCGUGGGACGUCAGUAUAUAGAUAGACGGUCCGAUUGGAGGGAUGUUAUACUGCCGGCAAUUCCGUCCCAAGGUCCGGGAAAGCAGAGCAUGAGCUACGUGAUCCGGGGCCUAGAAGCGGGACAGAGGUACGAGGCGAAGGUCCAAGCACGCAACAAGUUCGGAUGGAGUCCGCUUUCCGACCCUUUCACAUUCAGAACAACCAGCACAGACCUGACCUACCCCGACGGAAUACAUCAGACCAGGCAUGAAUACAACGAUAACGAAGUUCGUGAUCUGGGCAUACGGAUUUACAGUUCGUCACCGAAUAAGUGGAACAUGUCAACGACGGUCACGGUUUCCGCAUUAAUGAGCUUUAUACUAUUAUACGUAGUCCAAUAAGAAAAAAAAUUAAAUAAGAUAGGUCCUAUGCAUACGUAUAAGUAAGUAAAUAUGUUGUAAAACUAGGAACAAGACUCGUGUGUCGUCAUUUCGUUGUUUACAUUCGUUGCUAAACCUAAAAUUCACUGGAUGGGCUUUACACCAACAAAGUAAGCAAUAGAUCUCUAAUUACUUGCAGAAAAUGUAUUUUUCUAUCGCGGAGGCGGCACGUAUACGAAGUGCACUAACCGUUACGAAUUUUAAACUAAAUAGUGCAGUCAAAUGAGGGAAAUGGCUAAAGAGUACAUUAUAAUGGAGAAAAUUAUUGAA